CGAAGUACCUACCUGGCGAAAAAAAUGAAGCAGUUUUCGUGGUGAUUAGCUUUUUAUAUACCCUCCGAAAGCUUUAAUUUUAUUUCUUUGAAAUUUAAUUGGUGCAAAAGCUAUCAUGUCUCAACCAAAACGUAGAUCCAGAAAAGCAAAAUUAGUGCCACGGAGUACGGAAGGAGGAGAACCUGAGAUCCAAGUCACUGAAAUGGAGGAGCCUCAGAUAAAAAUAAUGAACACAAGAAGCUUGGCCACGCCGCAGCAGUCGCCGAAGAAGUCCAGCUCAAUCCAGUUCAAGGUUGACAUUGAAGUGGAAGAAUGGAUCAACGAUGAGCUGUUCAUCGAGGAAAAUUUCGCAAAAAUGCAAACAGAAAAGCUAUCUGAAGCCUUAGAGAAAGAAAUUAAAGAGGAGGAUGAUUGGACGAACGACGAAUAUAGAAAGCUUUGGGCGGAAGUUGCCAGCGACAGCGACAACGAUGAAGAGCCCCUGAACGAGUAUGAAAAACUAAUAAAAAAUCAAAUCAAACCAAUAGUUACAGCGGGGCCAUCUAAAGAGAAAGUUACCGCGAAAAAGGAAGAACCUCUUAAAGAGAAAAAAGAUGAUAUCCCGUCUCCCACCAAGCCUGUCCCCAAACCAAAUCUGAAAAUCAAAACUUUCGAACGAACAUACAGUAAAAAAAAUAAUAGAAAUAAUCAACCAGUUAUAAAUAAUAUGCAGCCAAAAUUAAGAAUCAAUGUUGUAUUCACCGAUGAACCUGUACCUAAACAAGAUGCAAGGUCGGUUGGUGUAUCACUAGUGAAGAGUGACCCGCAAGAAAAUGUUACAGCAUCUGUUAGCAGUAAAACACCCUUAGAUGUCAUUUCUGAUGAUAAGCCAGGAAAUAAUAUAAAAUCUUCAAAUAUAAAUAAAAAUAAACCUGUUAAAGCAGAAACAACAAAUAUAACUGUUGAUAAAAAUGAUAAAAAUAUUACACUUAAAUCAAUUAAGGUAGAAAAGAAUAGUGACGAAAGAAACUCUGAAAAAAAUACUGCAAUUCAAAAUAAAACUUUCAAUAGGUCUAUUGAGAAUAUAAAAGAUAAAUUCGUAAUUAUUGAUCCAGCUGCAAUGAAACCUGUUUAUGUGAUCCCCAAAAAGAUUAGUCACUGUAAAAGACCAAUAUAUAUACUUCCUGAUGACUGUAAAAAUAAAAGUUGUGGUAAUCCUAAACCUAAAUGUGAUACCAAUAAGUCCAUUUCGCCGAAAAAUAGCAACGUUGUAAAUAAUCCCCAUGUAAAAGAUGAGAAAUCAGACACAAUUAUAAAUAUAGGUGAUUCAUCAGAUGAAGAUAAAAAUUAUGAACCUGUAUUAAUUGAAGUAAAUAAAUCAGCAGAGAAAAUUAAUAAAGACGAACUAAGGGAUAUCGCUUUAAGAUCUAUUUUGAAGAAGCAGUUAAAAGAUAUGGGGAAAAGUAUGAACAAGCCUGUUCUCGAGCAAAUUAAAGUUGGGGAAGACAUUAUUUUGUAUGCUGCUGAAGAGUUAGCAAAAGGCAAUGAUCCAUUACUUAAAGCUUUGAACAUUGAGUUACGAAACAGGAUAGGUGGCACUAGAUUUGAGUAUACGGAGAUGACGAGGGAAUCUGCGCUUAUCGACUACGCCCUACGUCAAUGGUUUAAUUGGCAGGGUACAACUACAACGAGGUCCGUCCCUUUGCUAUAUAAAUGCUACAUUUGCAAUGAAGGCUGGUGGCAUCUUGAUCCGUUUAGAAAUCAUAUUAAGUGUCAUAAUUAUGUGUCUGUCACGCUUGAGAAACAUAACCAGGAAUGCAACAUCAUAGCUCAUGACCAAACCAAACGGGUUACCUUUAAGAUGUUCCCAAUAGACGGGGCCUGUUGGAAGUGUGGGAAAGGCUAUGGCUCCCACAAGGGCUUACAACAAUCAUAUAAAUGUUCAGCUUGCAAGAGCACCCUAUACACAUGUCAAGCAUUAGUAGAACAUGAGGGAAUAUGUCUUAGCAAGUGGAAGGAGCAGAUGAAAAUUCAGAAAACGAAAGACGUCAAAGCAUUUAAAUGUAAAAUUUGUCCGCAAAUCUUCUUCACUCAAGACAAACUGAAUAGGCACCAGUAUAUGUUCCACGUACCGCGGUCAGACUACCCAAUGUUGGUGAUGACACGUCAGUGUAUGUUCUGUAAUCAGAAUUACCUUGUUUACUCGUACCAUUAUUGUCGAGGGAAAGUUCAGAAAUACUUCUGCAAGAUUUGCAUGAGGCACUUUCCAUCUGAAAAUGGUUUUGAGAUGCAUUUGAGUAUUGCGAAGAAGAAUGUGCAGUGUAAAUUUUGUAUGGAAAUUGUUGGGAGCGAGUGCAGCAUGAUGGACCAUUUGUUGAAGCACACGGACAAGUUUAAGUUGAUGUAUAAGUGUCUGAUGUGUCACAGUAACGUAAUGCUGGAGAACGAGUUGAUGUUGAAGAGACAUGCUGUGCAUGUUCACAGGGCCGCGAAGCUCAUGUGGUGCUGCUCAAAGGUGAUAAUCCCAACAAGUUGUUACGAAGGUAAUAAAGAGAUACUGGAAUACAAACCAUUACCUAAGCGUGGACCUAAAUCCAAGUCCAACCCGCUUCUCGAGAAGUUAAUAAUGGGUGACAAGCAGAAUUUGGGAGCGGUGUCGCUUAAAAACAGUACCCGAGACACUUCAAAUAUUGAAGAUGUAAGCCAAGAUUCCACAGAUAUUGAAGAAUUGAAUUCUUCUAUUCGAGAAGAUGUGAUAGAAGAUGAUUGUGAUGUUUCAAAUAAUAAAAAUGUUAGUCAAAAUUCUAUGGAUAUUGAAGAACGUGAAAUUUCCUCUGUCCCAGAAGAUGAAACCCAGGAUACUAUUCUAAAAGUUUCUAAUCAGGAUUUGUGUACUCUAAACGAGGGAAAUAAGAAUUGUAUUGUUAAAAAAGAACCAAGAGAUUCUUUGGAAGAUGACAUUGAAAAUCCAAUGCAAGAUACGAAUAAUGUUAUGCCCACAAUAAAGAUAGAGAAUGUUAUGGCAAAUUACUGUGAAGAAAAUUCUUCGAAUUUAGGUGAAAUAGAUACUAAAGCUGAUACGCCCGACACUGGCAAUUUUAACGAAAUGGAUGUUGAUGUUAAACCGACAUUACUUGAGCUACAAUCGAUUAAAAUUGAACCUCACGACGAAGCAGGCACAGAGGUGAACGCGUCAGAUUUGUUGGAAUUCGACGAAAUUGUCGUUAAACAAGAAAAAGUUGAUGAUUUCGACAUGGCGGAAGCUGGGUCGUCCAAAAUGAUAACUAAAACAUAUUCGGACGCGAAUAAUCUUACUUUUCUAGAUCGCAGACGCAAAUCAGGGUGUAAAUACGAUGAUGAUACAUUGACAAAUGUUGACACGCCAAAAAAGUUUACAGAACAACUGCAGAACUUUCUAGAGACAAUGGAAGACGACAUUGUAACUACGACGUUUAGUGGCAAAAUUAUAAAAGAUGAAAUGAUAGUAUGUCAGACUUGCGGUUUUGAAGGUAGAAGGCGACAAUAUAAAAAUCAUCUUAAAGUGUGCAAAUCGUCUAAAUUACAAAAAUUGAAUGACAAAAGGUCUUGUACGAAGUGCAAGAAGACGUUCCCCACCAUGAGACUUUUCAUCAAGCAUUUGACGAAGCACGGUUUUAAGUACUUGCAGUGUAAUGAAUGUGAAAUGACUUUUGCUAAUCUCUCUCUGUGGACAGUGCACAUGUCGAGUCAUAUAACUCGCAUGUUUGUUAGAGUCAAGUUGUUAUCUAAUGAGACUAGGGUGUUCCGGUGUAAAGUGUGCAAGGAAAUGCUGCAAAGAAAUAUGUUCUUCAAGCAUUGGGAGACUCAUAUACACCAGCAGGAUUUGAAGGUGGUGCAGUGCAAAUCUGAAAGUGGUAUUCCUAAGGAACUGUUGGAGCAAAUUGUUGAUAUUUUCGAUACGGUACGCAAGAAGGUACCAAAAGACUGCAUAGUGUGCGGUCGAUUCUUUAGUCGGAUGACGGACAAGAAGCGGCAUCUGGUGGAGCACCUGUUGGAGUCUGCUCUAGCAGAGAUGAACAACACAUACGGGCUCGUCUGUCAGAUAUGCAGAUCUGUGUUCCAGAAGUCUGACCAUUUCCGGCGUCACAUGCGCGACCACGCCGGCCUGACGGUCUACCACUGCGAGUUUUGCGACAAGACAUUCAGCGACUCGAGCAAUUUCGUCAAACACAAGAAGACACACAACGUGGGAGCUUUCAUUUGUGAUUUGUGUAAGAAAAAGUUUCUGGCCAAGUCGUCGCUCAUCGCACAUUUGGAGAAACACAACUACGAGCCGUUCCCGUGCAUGUGGUGCCCGGACAAGAAGUUCUACAGCCACUCGGCGUACAAGAAGCACGUGCGGGGCGCCCACGAGCGCAGCCAGGGCUUCUCGUGCUUCGUGUGCCGCAGCAGGUUCCCCAGCGUGCGCGCCAAGUGGGACCACCAGUGGGAGCGGCACGGCAUCAGACGAUGGACCAACAACGGAAAGCUUAAUAUUAGGAUAAGGUACAAGAUAGCGGAUUGUCCCAUCUGUGAUAAGAAAUUCAGAAAAUCUACUGAUUUGAAGAAGCAUAUGUCCAAUGAACACGAGGUGAAAUCUUAAUUCUAACAAUUUUAAUGCCAUGGAGUUAUACAGGGUGUCUGGUAUACAUACAUAUUUAUUUAUAUUUAUAUGGUCACGUCUAUAUCCCUUGCGGGGUAGACAGAGCCAACAGUCUUGAAAUAGCAUAUGUCUGGUAUAUAGCGCUUCAUGAGUACAUUGAAAAUCAUGAACACGCUAUAACUUUAUCACUACUUAUAUAGUUUAAAGCAAAUUCGCUUCACGCCACGUCUGUCCCUAUGUAUGUAUGUACGCGUAGAUCUCUAAAACUGCACUACGGAUUGUGAUGCAGUUUUUUUUUGUAGAUUCAAGUGAAGGUGUAAAUGAUACUCGUGCGAGGCCGCUAGUAAAAUUUAAAACCAAUAAAAUACUCACUUUUAUAAAAGAUAAAGUAAUCAUAAUAGUGUGCGCAAAGUCUCAGAAUGUUUGGACUAAUAUUUAAAAUUUCAACCCCAUAUUUUUUUCUAUUAUUUGGAACGAGAAUUAUGUACUGAUUCCUGUUUAAAUGUGCAACGCGUACUGGACAUCCUGUAUAUGAGUUUAGUAUUUGUUAUUUUGCUCUUUGUUUUAAAUCAUUUCUUAAUAAUUUAUUCAGUAAAUUUGCGUUGAAAGAAUAUUCCAUGACCUUCUACAUCUAUUAACGUCUUUGUUGGCCUAUUUGGCGGGUCCCAGGUUCGAACCCCGGUCAGGUCAUGAUGGAAAAAGAACUUGUACUGAUUUGCCUAUCUUGGAUGUUUAUCUAUAUAAGUAUUUUAAAAGGGAAAGUAAGUUUGCAUGCGAUCCUCUUAAAGUCGGUUGUCUGGAAGAGAUCCCACUUAGGGAUAAGUCCGCCUUUGUACUGUACACAUUUAUAAUAUUAUUUGGGAUUUAAAAGGAGGUUAUAAAUAUAUACGGGACAAAUUACACAGAUCGAGUUAGCUUCAAAGUAAGUUCGAAACUUGUGUUACGAGAUACUAACUCAAAGAUACUAUAUUUUAUAAUAAAUACUUAUAUAGGAAAACAUCCAAGACCCAGACCAAUCUGAGAAAGUUCGUUUCUCAUCAUGCCCUGACCGGGAUUCGAAGGUUCUAAUCAGGCAUCAACUAGGACCGAUAGUAAUUUACAACAUAUUGGCAAAUCAUGAUAAUGGUGCUUGAAAUCUUAUUAUAUAAAA